AUGUGUGGGAUCACUGCCUUUGUUGAUACGGGGGGCCGCCAGAGAGUCUCCCCUGCACAGUUAGAGUCCGCUCUCGAUCUCAUCCAUCAUCGCGGACCAGACUCGAAGGGGACAUUCAUUACUCCGGAUAGGCGAGUCGGUCUCGGGCAUAAUCGUCUCGCCAUCAUGGGUUUGGCAACAGGACAACAGCCAAUUUCAAACGAAACUGGUGAUAUCCAUGUUGUAGUGAAUGGAGAGCUGUACGGAUUUGAGGCAAUUCGUUCUCAAUUGCACGCUGACGGCCAUGUGUUCAAAACCGAAAGUGAUAGCGAGAUUGUAGUUCACUUAUAUGAGGACCUUGGCCUGUCGUUUCUCGAGCGCCUCCGCGGCGAGUUUGCACUCUGUCUCUGGGACAGCCGAAGGGGACUUUUCAUAGCCGCCCGGGACAGGUUCGGCAUCAAACCAUUGUACUAUAGCGUAAUCAACGGAGCACUUGUCUUAGCCAGCGAAAUGAAAGCAUUCCUUGCUCUGGGAUGGAAACCCGAAUGGGAUAUCGAAAGCAUUGUGCACGGCGGUUCCUCCUUUGAUAACAGAACCGUAUUCAAAGGUGUUAGCAAGCUGCCCGCUGGAAAAUAUAUGACUGCGACACUCUCCGGCAGCGUCGAUAUCCAAACGUACUGGGAUGCAGCCUACCCAGACAAGCGUGUACCAGAUGUACGUAAUCUAGAAGAUAUGAUCCAAGGCGUUCGUGAACGCCUUUUCGAAGCUAUCAGAGUGCGAAUGCGAUCGGACGUGCCUUUGGCGAUCUACUUGAGCGGAGGCAUAGAUAGCGCUGCUAUCGCAGGAAUCGCGAUGGCUAUUCUAAGGGAGACUGACGCUAAAGCGAGUAUUGAUGCUUUUACCAUCGCAUUUCCUGCUGAACAGUUCGACGAAGGACCUAUUGCGGAACGCAUGGCAAGACACAUCGGUGCCACAUUCCAUAAGAUUCCCAUCACAGAGGAUGACCUGGUUGCUGGAUUUGAAGAUGCAAUAUGGCAUUUCGAGCACCCGAUGCCAGAUCUGAACGCGAUCGGAAAAUACCUACUGUCCAAAGAAGUCCGAGACCGCAAGUUUAAGGUCGUGCUCACCGGUGAGGGGGCUGACGAACAUUUCGCUGGAUAUGCUUUCUUUCUGGCGGAUUACCUUCGCGAACCUGAUGUGGCGGUUGAAAAUCCUUUGUCGGAUGUCCAGCGAGAGGCUAAAUUAAGGGAAAUUGAAGGAGUGACGGGCGGAUCCUAUGAUACAGUUCUAGUCUCAAAAAUGUCAUACAACGACGCUUCGGUUGGACGGCAAAUGCUUAAUGGAAUAAGCAGCCAUCGUCAACUGGCAGGGGCAGCCCAAAUCCCCCAAGAUAUAUUUCAAAAAUCGCUUAUAGAGAAAACUGGUGCUCCUGAUGCGUGUACCGCCCUUGCGGUAGGAUUGAGUGGAAUAGCUAGGGAGAAUGCAAGAACGAAGUGGCACCCUCUGCAUACGGCUUUGUAUGCGGAAAGUAGGACGUUUCUGGGGAACGUAUUGUGUAAUGUCUUGGGAGAUCGUAGCGAAAUGGCUCAUUCUGUUGAGGGGCGCACUCCUUUCCUCGACCAUCACCUAUGCGCAUAUGUAAACAACCUUCCACCCUCCGUGAAGAUACGUGCGUCUCAAACAGGUGAAUUGACUGAAAAAUGGAUAUUGCGGGAAGCAGCAAAGCCCUAUAUUUCGGAAGAAAUUUACAAUAGGCGUAAACAUCCCUAUUUGGCACCUGUGUCAAACCUCGCCGAAUCUCCCGUCGGUGUUCUUCUCAGGCAACGUAUCACAAAGGAAGCUAUCGACAGGCUAGGGUGGGCUCGAUGGGAGGUGGUGGAGCAAUUGAAGGAAUCGUUUGAAACGACGGGGUCAACUAUGGCCUUACGCACAUUGCUGGUCAUGUUGUCAUUCGUUGUGAUGAGCGAAAGGUUUAACGUGAAGAUCUAUGAAGACAGCUCGACAGAACUUGUCACCAACUUUAAGCAAGAGUCUAAUGAUAGUACCAGGGAUGUGGAAUCCUGCCCUGGAAGUAAUCCACCGCUCUUUCAAGUAGAGACGAAGCUUCCUGACGAAGAUGUAUCAAUGAUUUCUGGAUGGAGAUUCUAUGUUCUAAUUUUCAUGUUGGGAAUGGUUGUUUUCCUUGCGGCCCUUGACCAGACCAUAGUUGCCCCAGCGGUGGUCAAAAUCGCCGAUGAAUUCAAUGCUAGUUCACAGCUGUCAUUGAUUGGCACCGCAUAUCUGUUGACAUCGACAUGCGUUGCCCCACUCUACGGAAAGCUGUCUGACAUCUUUGGCCGGAAAUACACCAUUAUCGCGGCAGUCUUACUGUUUUCGAUUGGAUCCUUGCUAUGUGGAGCAUCAAACGGAAUGGCGCUACUUACCGUUGGACGUGCAGUCGCCGGCUUGGGAGGCGGAGGACUAAUCAGUCUCGUACUCAUCAUCAUCGCCGAUAUCGUUGCAAUUGGUGAACGCGCCAAAUACCAAGGGCUUAUGGGAGGGGUUUUUGGUCUAGCUGCUGUCGUUGGUCCGCUGGUCGGAGGUGCAUUUACUGAUCACUGGAGCUGGAGGUGGUGCUUCUAUAUCAAUCUUCCAAUAUGCGCUGUCGCCGCUACGGCGAUAUUCUUUCUUUUGCGAACUCGAUCCGGAGAACCAGGGAGCGUACAGCGAAAGCUGCGGCGGCUUGACUACAUCGGCACGACCUUGAUCAUUGUCGGUUGUGUUUGCUUGCUGUUGCCUCUGCAGUUCGCUGGUGAACGAUGGAAGUGGGACAGCCCACAAACCAUUAUCCUCCUGAUUCUAGGCGCGGUGUUUGCUGUCGCAUUUGGAUGGUCGGUCACCAAAGUCUCUGAGCCGAUCCUCUCACCUCAACUUUUCAAGAACCGGACCGCCGUUGCCCUUCUGGCUACAUCCUUCUGCCUUGGUGUAUCUUUCUAUGCAGAAGUAUUUUACACCCCAAUCUACUUCCAGGUUGUUGAUGGUGCCUCCUCCACUGCCGCAGGAUUACAGACAAUCCCUUUGAUUAUGGGCGUUGUUUUCAUGAGCGUCUUGUCAGGCCACCUCAUUGCCAAAACAAACGUCUACCUCAUUUAUCCAUUUAUUGGUUCGGUCCUUUCUAGCAUUGGGCUUGGCUUGAUGUCCACUCUCAAUGCAGACUCUAAGACGUGGCAGCGAAUCAUUUAUCUGCUCAUCGCGGGAUUGGGAAGUGGCAGUAUUGUUCAAACAGCUGUGGUCGGCAUACAGCACAGUGUGAGUCCCGACCUCAUUGCAGUGGCCACCAGUGCCAACACUUUUGUCCAAAUUCUUGGAGGUGUAUUUGGCAUAGCCAUGUCUGGUGCAGUUUACAACAACGUUCUCAAUCAUUGCCUCUUAUCCGAUGCUCCUUCCGUGGACGCUGCCAAAUUGCAGUCUGCCAACGAUCUUAUACAGACGUUACCGGACAACGUCAGGCAUGCGGUUGAAGCAUGCUUCACAACGAGCCUUCAGAAGACUUUCCUAUCAUUAGUGCCAUUUGCGGCACUUAUCUUUGUCUUCAUGCUGUUCACAAAGGGAAGGAAAUUUUAGAGUGCUUAGGGACACUGGGUCAAACUUUGAAAGCUUGAGCAUGUAGCGUUAGGGUUUCUAAAUCUCGCCAUCUGUGUAUUAUACGAUAUAUCUAUGCAAUAUGAUGUCUUGCGGUAGUUGUGGCCUGG